UUCCUGUUGUGCUUUUAUUUAUUUAUUUUUCAUGGUGAAAAUGAGCUUCCAUCAGGACCCAGUUCUGGUACCAUCCUGUUAUACCAGAACUGGGUCCAGCUCAGAACCAGAACCAGAACUACUGAGACAGAGCGGCCCAUUAAUAUUAUGAUGAUGAUGAUGUUGUGGUGAAGACACGUGAUCCUUGCGGUCCUUCGGGUCUGACGUCACCCCCCCUCUGAGUCCAUCAUGGAGUGAGGAGGAGGAGGAGAUGGGGAUCGUGCGGUGCCUUCCUCCCCGACACCAGAACCUCCUGCUCGGUCUCAGCGUUCCCGGCCCGGUCCGGAGGAGGCGGCGGGGCUGAAGGAGGAGGACGAUCCGAUGGGAGGAGGAGGAGGAGGAGGAGGAAGAGGAGAAGGAGGAGGAGGAGGAGGCAGAACCGCAUCCGCCGCUCGCUGCGGAACCAUGAAGACGCCGCACCGCGCGGCGGCCGCGGCAGCUCGACCCAAGCGGAGCUGAACCGGAGAAGAUGAACGAGGAGCCGCGGCCCGACGAUGACAGCUACAUCGUGCGGGUCACGGCGGUGGUGAUGACCCGGGACGAGUCCAGCGGCGGCUGGCUGGCGCUGGACGGCUGCCUGAGCCGGGUCGGGGUCUGCCGGCUGCGACCCGACGGGCUGCAGGGCCGGAACAGCUUCCUGAUCCACGGGGAGCGCCUCAAGGACCGGCAGGUGAUUCUGGAUUGUUUCUUAAAGAAAGACCUGGCCUACACAAAGGCCACGCCCACCUUCCACCACUGGCAGGUGGACAAUAAGAAGUGCGGCCUGACCUUCCAGUGUUCGUCCGACGCCCGCGCCUUCGACCGCGGCGUGAGGCGAGCGCUGGAGGACCUGGCAGAAGGUUCCACCACGUCUUCAUCGACGCUGCAGAACGAAGCCGAGCUCGGGGACGACGACGUCUUCACGACGGCCACCGACAGCUCGUCCAACUCGUCUCAGAGGAGAGAGCCCGCCAUGCACGCGGCGCCGGCUCACUUCUGCGAGCCGCGCCGGCACCACUGCAUCCUGGGACAUUUCUAUGAGCACCACCGGCCCUCGGACCACUACUUCCUGGACCCGGCGGUCCACAUCUUUCCUCGUCACGCCAGCUUCCCUCUGGAGGAGGAGGACAUCGUUCGCUUCAGCCCCCGUGAGCGCAGCUGGCUCACCGGCUACGAGGACUACCGUCACGCCAACGCCACGCGAGACAAGCUCCCGCAGCCGCGCAACCCGGACACCUGCGUGCAUUUCACCAAGAGCGACGCGCCGAAACGCGACUACACGUACCCGUACCCGCUGAGCUGCGGCGUGCAGCGGGGCUUCGACAGCAAGCCGGGCCGCCUCGAGGCGGGCGGCGGCCGCAGGGCGGUGGUGACGCUGCAGCCGCGGCCUCCGGCGUCCAAAGGGAAGUGUCACAUGGAGGACGGGGAGCGGCUCCGCUGCGUCUACUGUCAGGACAUGUUCAACCACGAGGACAACGGGCGGGGCCAGUGCCAGGAGGCGCCGGACCCCAUCCAGACCUGCAUCCGCCGGGUCAGCUUCAUGUGGUGCGCCGACAGCCUGCUGUACCACUGCAUGUCCGACCCGGAGGGCGACUACUCGGACCCCUGCUCCUGCGACACCAGCGACGAGCGCUUCUGCCUGCGCUGGACGGCGCUGGUCGGCCUGUCGCUGCUGGCGCCCUGCAUGUGUUGCUACGCCCCCCUGAGGGCGUGCCACCGCUGCGGCGUGGCCUGCCGCUGCUGCGGCGGCAAGCACAGGGCCGUGGGCUGAGCCGCGCAGGCCCCGCCCACUCCACAGAGACCGUCACCGCUGUUCUUUCUGUUGUUGAUGUGGUUCAUCUGUAGAAGGAAGUGAAACUUCGUGUCAACCGUUGUGCUUUUUCUGUCACUCUGAGGACCAAAUGAAGAAAAUGUCUCCAUGAAAGUUUGGAUAUUUGGAGGCGCCAGGUUCACCUGGAGAACGUCCAGCAGGAUUCCUGCAGUGACUACUUAUUCAAGCUGCUGCUGAUCGGUGACUCCGGUGUCGGGAAGUCCUGUCUCCUGUUGCGGUUUGCA